UUCCAGGUAGUCGCAGUCAGGGGCUGCUGACUUGGAAGAGCAUCAGAUGUGUGGAUGGGUACCCGCGGUGAGGAAGCUUUAGCGACACCGACACCAGUGUUGGUGUUGUGGGCUUGAGACUUUGCAUAAGAGGGGCUCCCGGCGCUGGAGCCAGCCGUGUCCUCGUUUCGGCCUGGUCACGACCGGUGAAAAAUGGGAUGAUGCCCGCCUGAAGCUGACUGGAGCGGGCACGGUGUGGCUGCGCUAACGCCAUGCGAGCUAGGUGAGCCUCAGCGACUGACAGAUGUGUGACAGUGUGGAGAACCGCCUGCCUCUCCCAGUGGAGAUCUGAGUUCUGGGACAGUGAGGCAGCCGAGGUGGGGGUCUCUGAGGAAGAUGCUGGGAACGGAGCGCGGCGUCGUGGAGGAAUGGCUCUCAGAAUUCAAGACCUUACCAGACACUCACAUACCCAGCUACGCAGGCAGCCUUCAUCUGAAGAAGUCCCUGGUGCCAGCACUCUACAGAGUCAUCCAGGACCCCAACAAUGAGCUGCUGGAGCCGGUUUGCCAUCAGCUGUUUGAGCUGUACCGGAGCUCAGAGGACCGCCUUCGACGCUUCACCCUGCAGUUCUUGCCCGAGCUGGUGUGGGUGUACCUGCGAGUCACGGCCAGCAGAGACCGCCAGAGCAACGGCUGCAUCGAGGCGCUCCUCCUGGGCAUCUAUAACCUGGAGAUCGUGGACAAAGAUGGCAACAGCAAGCUCCUCUCCUUCACAAUCCCCUCUCUGUCCAAACCAUCAGUGUAUCAUGAGCCUUCCAGCCUGGGGUCCAUGGCACUGACAGAGGGGGCUCUCUGUCAGCAUGACCUGAUCAGAGUGGUGUACAGCGGCCUCCACCCUCAGAGAGAGACCUUCACUGCACAGAACAGGUUCGAGGUGCUGUGUUUCCUUAUGCUGUGCUACAACUCUGCUGUGGUCUACAUGCCUCUGUCCUCCUAUCAGUCAGUCUGCAGAAUGAGCUCACGGCUCUGUGUAUGUGGCUUCCCGCGGCAGCAGCAGAAGCUUUGGAGGGAACCAUGUAACCGUGUGCUGCUGGACCCCGAGUUCAUGGUCCAGAUGCUGACUGCCGUCUAUCACGCCAUAUACAAUGGAGAGUGGGAGAUGGGGCGGGAAGCAUUGGAGGAUAUCCUGUACAGAGCCCAGCUGGAACUUUACUCCCAGCCUCUCCUGCUGGGGAACGCCAUGAAGAACUCUCUGCCAGAAAGCGCUCCCGACGAGCCGCAGGGCCGCAAGGUGCUCCAGGUGGAGGUGACACCCACCGUCAGCCGCAUCUCCAUCUCAGCCAUCACCACCGCCUCCAUACGACGCCACCGCUGGAAGAGAGAGGAUUGUUUUGACUACUCAACCGAUGCAGAGUUGAGCCUCACCGUCAAUGCUCCUAGCCACGCCCACCAACACCACACUCCCUGGGACCCAGCGGCCAAAGAGGACAGAGGAGGGCGGGCUCACAGCCACCACAGCAGCAGCAGCAGCAUCGUUCCCCCCAUCACACUUGAGGACACUGAUGGCAUGAGUGGCGGAGAGGAUUCAUUCAACGUGAACGACCCAGACGAGGGCUUCUCCUCUGGGGCAUCCAACAGCAGCCAGCCCAGCGGCACCAAGGCAGGCGGCAGUGGCGGACUGAGGAGCAGCAGCCUGAAGAGCAGCAGCAGUAGCAUCAAGAAAGCCGUGACGGCCCGGCUGUCACGGGACAGGGAGAAGGAGAAGGAGAAGGAGCGAGAGAGGGAGACGGAGAAGCAGCGAGAUCUUUUGGUAGAUCCCCAGUCGGCCCUGAGGAGGCACCACCAGAGGCAGCAGUCCCCCCCAGCCAGCAUUGCCUUGGACGCCAUCGAGCUGAGUCCCAUCAAAAAGCACCUGAGCUUCCCCGCCGGGCCCACACUCGUACGGACUGGCAGCACCUCAUCCAGCAAGUCCUUUGACUGCAUGAGCCUCAACCUCAACGGGGGCGAGGACAGCAAAGGGGAAGUGGAGGGCGGCUCUGAGAGGGGAGGGGGGCUCAUGGCCGGCGGCUCCCACCGCCAUUCCACCAUCAGCCUGCAGGAGGAGCACCUAGUCAGGCCGGAGGAGGCCCAGGACCUCCUGUCCCCUGGAGCCCCCCUCACCAGGCAGUCCCGCUCCCCCAGCUUCAACAUGCAGAUCAUAUCACAGGUGUAAUGUUGGAUGAGGUAGACACUCUCUCUCAUGCACACACACACACACACACACACACCACCCUUUUUCUCGUAACACACAUCCUCUUGCUGUUUUCUGUGGCUCAUAGCCCUACUGUACCUUGACAAAUCCUGUCUACCUUAUCUGUGUUGGGUAUUUUGUGUGUGUGUGUGUGUGUGUGUGUGUGUACACAUAGGAGAGGACUUUAUCAUCAUCCUCAGAUCUCAGAAGGUUGUUUCUCCACCCAUUCAAGCUCCAUUAAAGUCAGUGUCUUCAUUGGCAGUCCCUGAGAAUGCAACACGUGCGGGGAAAAGAGUGAGUGAGUAGAGCAGGACUGCCCGCUGCUGGAACGACGCUGCAGCUCAUUACUGAGCAUUCGACCUCUAAUACGCCACACAGAAACUCUGGAGCAAAAGGAGGAAUUGACAAGGAAAACACCCAUAAGGAUACUCUACUAGCUAUAAGGGGAUCCAUGACAUUUCAGAGAUUUUAAGUUUCCGACUGAAUCAGUCUGUUUCUGAAUCAGCAAUAACACUUACUGUUGCUCAUGCGGAGAAAGAGUAGGGAUUAUUGUUCUUUCAUUCCUUCCCUUUCAUUCCUGGGCUCACGUGCAAUCUUUCCUGCUGACUAUCUUCCUUUUAAUUAUUUGUUCUUAAUUUGGCAUAAAUGGUUUUAUGAAUACAAUUUUUUUUCUUGAAAUGUUUGUUAAAAUCACAAUCCAAAGAGAGUAGCACUUUUUUUUCUCGACUAUGUGAGAGUUAUUUUGGAGACAGCAACCAGACCGGAAGUGAUUCCCCUACAUUUUAGUUUCGUUUUUAUUCUGUAAUGUUUCUUUUUCUCAUUUGAUCUGUAAUUUCUCAAACUUUCGACACUGUUGUAAAAUCCAACUGGAAUGUGGUAAAGGUUUGUCUUGUGAGCUCUAAGCCGACCUUUCAAACAGACAAGUCCUUUAAAAAAAAAAAAAAAAAUCGUUACUGUGCAGCUAACAGAGGACUGGAUGACAUCUGAACUUUUUCAAGGUCCUCUAGUGACUUGAUGUUAAACCUGAAGCUCCCAGUGAGGAUCCCGGCAGGAGAGCUGUGUAAAAACAUUCGUGGACUUCUGGAAAGAAUUUCUAAAGUGCAUGACGACGGCUGUAUUUUAAGUUGGAUGGUGAUUAGCGUUCAGUCCAUUUUAAUUGGUCCUUCCAUCUGAAAGCACUUGUUGCUGUGUGUCUGUCAGUCUGUAGAAGCUGUGGUUUUUGACGUGGACGUGUGUGACUUUCCUCAUUGUUUUGUGAGCAAGUGAUGUACUGCCCUCUGGAGGCUCCUAGCAGUCGGUCACCUUGAUGCUCGCUCCGUGUCACGUGCUGUGAUUGGAUGCUCAUGAAACAUUUUGUUCUACCUCAUUGUGUCUUCACCUGCCACUCAGACACCUGUCUCCCAAUCCCAUUCUGUCAGAGGCGGGACAAAAAGUCCCAUCGGAUUGUGAAGCCACCGCUCGGAGAACUCUUGACAGUUUGGGGGAAUAAGAGUGGGGACCAAAAACGGUUUCACACACUACAACUUAAUGACACUGUCAAAUCUGUGCGUGUCAAUGUGAGAGCUUGUGACUGAAUAUCUCGGCCUCGCGUUUUGGUUCAGCCGCACCAUGCACAAACUUUAGCUGCAAAAUAAUAACAAAUCUGUCUUUGUCGUCAGGUUUUUUUCUCAUCAAACAGCAGAAUAACCUGAUUAUUUUUAACACCCUACAAUGUCCUACUUAUCUUUUUUUAUUUCUUUUUUUUUCUUUUUUUUUUUUUUUUUUAAGUGCAAUUUUUUUUUAUCCGCACAUGCAUGGAGUUGAGUUGGAUCUCUUCUGCUGUUAAAUGCCUGUUAUCUGUGCACGGCGCUAGAUAGCCUUCUGUAGUGCACCCUCCCCAGGCUGAGUGAACUGAACAUGGUGUGCUUGUCUGCAUGCUUAGUGCCCUGCAAAGCACUGCUGUUUCACCAACCCUCACCUCGACCCCCCUCCCACAAUAUGAAACAGCCAGUAAGCCAAACCCAGUUUCAUCCUCGUCUUUGCCAGAUGUGCCAAUACACAUCCUUUCCUUAUGGAAAUUUUUUUUUUUUUUUUUUUUUUUUGCUUGUGUGUCUUAAGUUAAAAAAAAAAAUGUAUGCCUAUUUUUUUUCUGUUUACUAGUCUUAUUUCAAAGCUAAGGGACAAAAAAGGGAUGCUUGGAUUAUUCAUGGAUAAAUGUGCCCUUAGAUGCAGCUUCUCUCUAUAUGCCAUGUACAUUUUCUCUUUGUAAGGCAAGAUGUAGAUGCACAAUCAUGACUAAGCUUUCCUGUUCAUGCGUAAAAAGCAAACAGAGUACAUUAUGCUUCUAUAUAGACGUCAGGUGAUGUAUUACAUUUCCAUGUCUAGCUCAUGUGCUCGUCUAAAAGGAGGAUGAAUGGUUAAAUGUAUAUAAAAGUCAGUUCAAUCUGCAGUGAAAAUCCCGCCACACUCAUGCUCCAUACUGGAAACCAUCACAACUGCUGCUCCUAGUCCCGAGUGAGUCCCGUGUGCGCUUUAGCCUUAAACAUUUUGGGCCAAAAAGCCAUGUUGGUUCUUUGGCCUCCACGAUCACGCGCUCCUUCUCAGCGUGAGUGACUGUGUAAGCAAAAGAGAGGAGUGCAGCCAUGCUAAUAGUUCACACUCUCACCUGUUCUGUCUUGUACCCGUCACCCCCCGUGCUGUUCGGCUCACAAGGAACCGCGUCCCCCAUCUGCUGUAUUUUGCUGUGAGUUGAGUGGCGCCUUUUGCUGUUCAAACUGGUGACAUGUCCGUGUCAUUAACAUGAGUGAUCCUGACCAAGGUUACCAGCGCCACGUUGGUACUGUACGUUGACUCGGUGUAAUGGAUAGACAAAUAUCUCUGUGUCUUGUGUUACAUUGCAUGUGAUCAGGGCGGGAAAUGAGCACCAGCCGACGGUCAAAUGCUGGAAAAGUUUGACUGCUGCUGGCGAGUUUGUCCACCGGCCAUUUUGGAUUAACAAGUCGUGCUCAGAAGGCCUCUUCUGCUCUAAAAAUCAGAUUUGGCUCCUAAAUUGUGGAUAAGCUACUGUGGCCGUUGGAUAAAAAAACCAGUUAAUUUCCUGUCCUGCAUGUGAUAAGUGUGGGCUUUGUUUUCAUACAGUAUAAUGCACUUUAAUCCAAUCUUCAUCCACCUCUCUCCUCAAGUUAAUUGAAAAAAUAUAUAGAUGUGCAAAUGUGUAUACACUCAAUGCAGGGUUUUAGUCUCUUUAAAGUAGUACUUCUAAGCGAUGUCACAUCCAACACAAUGCUUUCUUUUUUGUUGUUGUUCUUUUAAAACAAAGGCUAAGGGUACAGCUAUUUAUUUUUUUUCUUUACUUUGAAAACCAAAUAAAAGUCAAGAGGUCAGGAAGGUCUCAGGAGUUUUAAUGUUUGUCAGAAAGCCACAUGUGAAACAUGGCAGCACCAAAAUUUCAUUUUUUUGAGGUCAGAAUUGAUUCUAUGCAACACUUGUUUUUUUUUUUUCUUUCCAUUUCUUUGAGUAUGGGCUUUCAUUGAACCUCGUCAGGUGGGAGGGGGCAGAUGAUUUUAAGACGAUGUUUUGCGAGUCCUCAGCAGCGUCCCAUUGUAAUGCCUCUGUCUCUGCACCCCGUUGUGGUGCUGCAGAGAGAAGGACCUCUCUCACGUGGGUGUACUUCCACAUGUGGGUGAAACAAGAGGACCACCCCUGUUCUGUAUUUGUCACCCGACUGCCCCCCCACAGUGAGAAAGCCAGACCUGGACUCAUGGUGCAUGUCGAGCCCUUCUGUCAAUCUGCUGCUCUGUGGCUCAAAGACGUCGAUGUAUGAAAUAUAAACAGAUUAUCAAUGAUGAAUCUAUAGAGGCUUCGAGGGAAGCUGCUCAAGAUGUGAUAACACUGUACUAUUGAUGUUGUAUAAAUGGAGAGAAAGACUUAUUUUAAAUCUUGUAAAUAUCAAAUGUACAAAAGAGUGAAAGCAAGACAGUAUAAAAAACUGAUGACCAGUCUGAGAUGUAGAGAGAAAUUAAUCUGUAUAUUGUUGAAUAAAUAUUGUGCUGUAAGGGA